AUGGCAACCAUCACCCUUGAAAGACGAGAUGAACCUGCUUUAGCUCCACGCAUUGAGGCACAGCGCCCAGUUCCACUGGUCCAAGCAACCCAGUCAGCUGCUGCUGGACAGCUAUGGGUGAGGCGGCUGCAAGCAGUCAAGGCGUUCGUGAUCACAAACUAUCUGCCCCUUGCCUUCCUGGUGGCCCUGGUGUGGGCUCUAUCAUGGCCUCAGCCGGGCAAAACGGUGGGAUCUUGGCAGAUCAAGGAUGUCAGAGUCGUCCAGGCUUUGAACAACUUCUUUGUAUUUUUGGUAUCCGGCCUCACGCUGCGUACCAAGGAAAUUAAGACAGCCUUCAAGCAAUGGCCCGGGUUGAUAUAUGGGCUCGUGGCAAUACUCGCAUUCACCCCAUGCCUUGGAUUUGCGGCCAAGCGCCUCAACCUCACCCCGCCAGAAUUUAACAUUGGUCUGGCCAUCUUCUGCGUGGUGCCCACCACCCUCGGUGUAGGAGUGGCGCUCACAGCCGCGGCGAAGGGCAACCAGGCGCUCGCGCUGCUGCUCACAGUAGCAACUAACCUCCUCGGCAUAGUCACGGUGCCCUACGAGCUCAAGCUGAUUCUCCUGGGCAGCAACGUGGUGAGCGUGGAUCCCGGCAGCCUCGUGGUGAAGCUCAUCUUCACCGUGCUAGUCCCCACGGUGAUCGGCAAAGCCGCCUGCAGCCUCAGCAGCUCUCUGGAUGCUGCUGUGAGGCGGCACAAGGUGGCUCUGAGCCUAUUCAGCCACACAAAUCUGGCGCUGAUCAUCUGGCAGACACUGUCGGGCGCCAGGGAUGUGCUUGUGGCGCAGCCUUUCCACCGAGUGGUGCUUGUAAUUCUGGCGAGCGUGGUCAUGCACCUCAUCUACCUCGCCUUCAAUGCUGUGGUGGUCGGAGUAUUCAGGUUCCCUGUGAAGGAGGGCAUAGCGGUGCUGAUCAUGGCGAGUCAGAAGAGCGCGCCCGUAGCAGUCACAGUCAUCUCCUACAUCACACCGGACAUUACGCAGCAGGGGCUAUUCUCAGUCCCCGCCAUUGUGGGGCAGCUGGCUCAGAUUUUCAUGGGCUCGCUGCUGAUCCGCUACCUGUCCCGCCUUGUGAAGGACGACCAUGAGUGA